AUGGGACACGCCGCAAGAAAUCGUUGCCCUCCGGAACGCGCGCAAGUGCUUGUGAUCGGUGGCGGCCCUGCAGGCUCCUAUGCCGCAUCUGCUCUCGCGCGAGAGGGAUUUGACGUGGUCGUGUUCGAGGCAACCAAGUUUCCGCGGUAUCAUAUUGGGGAGAGCCUUAUUCCAUCUGUACGACAUUACCUUCGCUUCAUCGACGCAGAGAAGAAGGUUGAACGAUAUGGCUUCGCGCUGAAGCCCGGAGCUGGCUUCAAGCUCAACCAAUACAAGAGAGAGGGAUAUACAGACUUCCUCGCAUUAGGCCAUGACACUAACGCGUGGAACGUCCCGCGGGCCGAGUUCGACCAACUGCUCCUUGACCACGCGUCAGAAUGCGGAGCUCGGGUAUUUCAGCAGACGAGGGUCGCCGAGGUGCACUUCGAACGUCAUAAAGAACUAUCGGCGGUGACCGCCUUGCCAAGUGGGGAUGUUGGAAGAGCUGUGGCAGCCUCCUAUGUUGCAGAGAUGUCGGAUGGCAGCAAACGAGAGGGCAGGAUCGCGUUCGACUAUGUCGUCGACGCCAGCGGGAGGGCCGGGAUCAUCUCGUCGAAGUACCUGAAGAAUCGAAGAUUCACUGAAAGCUUGAAAAAUCUUGCGAUAUGGGGAUACUGGCGCGGUACGAACCUCUAUAUGGCGAACAGCGAGUCGAAUCGCCGAGGUGCGACAUAUUUCGAGGCGCUCACAGACGAAUCGGGAUGGGCCUGGUUCAUCCCACUUCACAACGGCACGACCUCGGUCGGUAUCGUCAUGCACCAGCAGAUCUACAACGGAUACGUGAAAGCGGAUCCCACAGGCACCGCCCGCCCGUCACUGGUCGAUCGUUAUACUUCACUCCUGGAUCUUGCACCAGGGGUGAAGAAGCUCAUCCACAACGGCGAGUUUGUCACGGGCUCGGUCGGUGUAGACGAGAGGGGCAUCGUUGGUGAUGUGCCCCCGGUCAAGAUGGCGAGCGACUUCAGCUACAGCGCCUCGCGGUACGCGGGCAACGGCUGGAGAAUAAUCGGCGACGCGGGAGCCUUCAUCGACCCGUUUUUCUCCUCGGGGAUCCACCUUGCAUUCACAGGCGGCCUCGCAGCUGCUGCAAGCAUCUCCGCCUCCAUUCGAGGUGACUGCGAUGAACACAGCGCCGCAAAGUGGCAUACUGAGCGCAUUGCUAUCAGCUAUACUCGAUUCCUCGUUGUCGUGCUAGGCGCAUACAAACAGAUCCGCUCCCAAUCGUCCGCCGUCCUCUCCGACAUCGACGAGGACAACUUCGACCGCGCCUUCAACACGAUCCGACCCAUCAUCCAGGGCGCCUCCGACAUCGGCGCCCGCCUAUGCCCAGAAGAGCUCGACAACGCGCUCGACUUCUGCGGGAAACUAUUUGCGCCCACGACGCCCGAGAUGCACCAGGCCGCAAGCCGGCGCGUGCCGCUGGAGAUGAUGGACGUCAACGCCCCUGUGCGCGAUAUCGGCGGGCUCAAGAUGGGCGAAGAGGACGAGGAUACGGUGUUGGUGCUCGAGAAGGUGAACGCCCGGCGGUUUGUGCAUAAGGACCACGGCGGGAUCAGUAAUUUCGAGGAUGAGCCGCUGAGCGGAUGGGCUGCUCGGUUGCAGAGAGGGACACUCGGGCUGGUGAAAUUGACAGAGUAG